CAAUGUGCUUUGUUGUCAAUUCAAAUUUCAGACGUGCGAAUUGAUUGUUAAGUUUUUUGCGAUGCCAAUUGAAGCAUUUCGUAAUCAUUCGUCUCUUAUUUUUUGUUAUUUCAGGUGUCUAUGAUGGAAGACGGUGGCACAGCAGCACGUAUCAAGCAGGAAAUUGAUUCCUGUUGCAGUCCAUCACCGACGUCAUCUAACAACAAUGUUUCAAUUCUUAGCUUCGGGUCCAGUGGUCAAGAGCCGAUGGAUUAUAAAUGUGGAUCCGACACGCUUAUAAACUCAGAACAGCCAUCACCAGGCUCACCCGAUCGACAGUUCUGUAGCUCGACAACAUCAGCAAUCGGUGAUUUUGGAAAUGAUUCCAACAUUCAAGACACGGUGAAAGAAGAGUUACCAAGGCGUUUGUGUUUGGUUUGCGGUGAUGUAGCAUCAGGAUUCCAUUACGGAGUUGCUAGCUGCGAAGCUUGCAAAGCAUUUUUCAAAAGAACAAUUCAAGGCAACAUCGAAUACACGUGUCCGGCAAAUAAUGACUGUGAAAUUAACAAGCGUCGACGCAAGGCAUGUCAAGCUUGUCGCUUUAGAAAGUGUCUCCUCAUGGGAAUGUUGAAAGAAGGCGUUCGCUUGGAUCGUGUACGAGGUGGACGACAAAAGUAUCGCCGGAAUCCUAACAUGCAACCAUAUCAGCUUCAAAUACCUCAUUCGUCAUCACAACCACCCCAAACACUCGAGGAUAUCAAAAUGUUGGAUGUGUUGGCGUCAUUUGAACCAGAAAAACUUUGUGUUGGUCAUUGUGGAAUUGAUUUGAUGAAUAAACACGAUGAUGAACCGAAGAAUGAUUGUGCUGGCACUGAUGCGCAAGAGAUGCUCAAUAUUUUGAGUGAUUUAUAUGAUAAAGAACUUGUUGGAGUUAUUGGGUGGGCAAAACAAAUCCCAGGUUUCACUGAUCUCCCACUCAACGAUCAAAUGCGAUUACUUCAAGUAAGCUGGGCUGAAAUCUUAACAUUGAUGUUGGCAUUUCGUUCGAUUCCAUUCACUGGUCGUCUCUACUUUGCCACAGAUUUCUGGCUUGAUGAACGUUCAGCUAAAGAAUGUGGAGCAACAGAGCUUUUCAAUCACUGCAUUCAAAUCACACAGCGGCUUGAGAAAAUAUCAGCGAGCAAAGAAGAAUAUUAUUUAUUGAAAGCUUUAACAUUGUCAAAUUGUGAUAUUCGAUUAGAUAACUACGAAGCAUUAAAAAAGCUGCGAGAAUCAAUAUUAGGUGCAUUAAACGACUGUGUGUUAAUAUUACGACAUUACAAUGCAGUUGCUCAUCAGCAAAAACUUUUGCUUUUGUUACCAUCAUUACGUCAAGCUGAUCACAUUAUUCGACGUUUCUGGAUGAAAGUUCAUAAAGAAGGAAACAUUACCAUGAAUAAAUUAUUUGUUGAGAUGCUUGAAUCAUUUACACGAUAAAUAUGAAAGAUAUUUAAGAUAAUCUCUCAAAGCCUUCAGCUAAUCAUUAAGAUUGAAAUUUUAAAUAAUUUCCUUUUUUUAAGGGGUUUACGGGCCAAUGAUUUCACAUCCGCUGAUGUCUUAGAUUAUAAAAAAAGUGCAAAAAAAACAAAAGUGAAAGAAAAAUUCAGAAAAUGAAUUGGAAAUUCAAUAAAUUAACAUAGCAGGAACAACAAUUAUUGUAUAUUAAUGUCAGUAAGUUUCAUUCACAACAUAAGUUUUCUUCUCUUUGAAUCUCAUAAUUUUUGACUCUUCUACACACAUCUCGUGAUGAUUUUCCAGUUUUUUAUCAAACUUGAUGACCACAUAAAUCAAAAAAUUUUCGUUUUAAAAUUCAUUAAUGUAAAACUAAAGAAUUUGUGCCGAAUCGAGGGAAUAUUGGCUUGGAGUAGAGAAUUGAAAAUAAUAUUGCUGUGAUAGAAGUUGUCGGACACAAAAUUAAUUAAAUAUUUUCUGAAGGCAAAAGCAUCAUCAUUAACCACAUCAUUAAUUUCUAUUUUUUUUUUGUUUUAAUCGAAGGAACUUAAGGUUGUAUGUAUGUAAAGUUAAGUCAUUAUGGCUAAAUGACUUUAACCUUCUCGAUUCAACAUUUCAAUCGAACUUAACAAUGAACUUAAGAUGGUGGUCAGGUUUUGUGUCUACAAAAGUUUGAAACCCUUAAAGAUGAAGAAAGAUGAUUAAUAGACUUAAUCUAAUUUCUUGAUUCCAAUCCACCAUCGAACUUAACAUACAAGAAAUUAAAGUCUUUCAAAAGCACUCUCGCUUCCAUUUCUUUCAUCAUCUUAUCUAUCGAAAUAAUAAGUAUGAAGAUUACUGAAGAAAAAAAUUAAGUUUAUCUCUUUUAUUUAAGCUGUGAAUUGAUUUUACUAAAUAAUAAAAACUAAUCUAAAAACUAGAAGCAAGUAGUAAUUGUGUAGGAGUUUUGCAAAUAAAUAAUAGAUUACCUCGAAGAUGAAAAAAAUGAUCAGGGAUAAUACACAAAAAAACGAGAAGAUGAAGAAACACAAAAUAAUUAUCACGAUAUUGAUUAAUGAUUAUUAUUGAGAGAUAAAAAGACGAUAUCGAUGAGAUAUCAAAUUGGCAAGAAUCAUGAAGAAUGAAAGAAGAAUAAGAAGAAAAAAAAUGUAAUCUUGGUAUGAGAUGAGAGAUAAUCGAUUGAACUUAUUUAGUGUGGAAAAAAAUCAUUGUUUCGAUAGUGUAAAAGAGAAAUUAUUGACAUAUAAAGAGAAUCAUUGAAUAAUGUGGAAAAUUUAUUAGAAGAAGUUGUCAUUUGUUGAUCUUUACUUCAUUAAACCUUUUAUAAAUUAAGAAUUUAUGUUGUAUUGAGUAUUUAUGUGUGCAGAAUGGAAUUAAUGUAAUUGAAGAUCACUUAGAUACUCAAAAAUUAAUCUUUUUUAUCAAUGCGCAAUGACUAUGUGAAAAAGAAAAAAAAUCGUCUUUUCAUUGCGCUUGAGACAGACGACGUAAGAUAAAUGAAGGAAUUUAAUUUCUGUGUGAUUAUCGAAAAUGAAUGAGCUAAGAAGGUGACGUUAUGAAGUUUUAUCUAAAUGGUAUUUGACAAUACUUAUAAAAAAUUCAAUUAAUUAAAUGUCUUUCUCACGGAAUCUUUUCACGCAAAUAAAAACAAAAUAUUUAAUACAAAUCAACAAAUCACUGAUCACUCGAAGAAAGAUCAAUAAUUGAAGCAAGAAAUGCAUAUUUCUAUUUUUUAUUUUGUAAAUCAUUAUUUUAAAAAACCUUAGAGAGAACUUAUGAGAAAUAAAUUAGAAAAGUUGAUUAAA